CUUCGUUACUCGCCCUCCAAGGAAGGUGGUGAACCUUGUUCUAAGCGCCUCUUACGGGCCUACCGUGCUUUCCCGUACCUCUCCUCUGUGGUUCCUCAACUUCUGGGAGUUAUAGAGACCUUUGCGAGUUUCCUGAAAAUCAUGACCGUCUCUCCCCCCCAAAAUGUACAAUGCUGAAUGUGCACCUUUUUGUAUCCAUUUUCAGAGAGUUCAGAGCCUCCCCCGACAAGGACUUAUUUUAAUUUUCCCAGCCAUCCCGUGAGAUUCCCAGUUACCUGCUGUCCUCUGCAUCAUGUUGCACUACACUGUAUGACUUUGGCUUUUAAGAUCCUCUUACCACCAACUCUCCGUGCGCUCAGCCAAAAAGAACUGUGCCUAUUCCGAGAACAUCACUGGCCUGACAUAAGACAGUUCAGCCAGUGGUCAGAAACAGUUCUUCGUGGACACCGCCUCUUCCAGAGAAGAAAGCCUGUUGUGUCAUUCCAGGAAAGCAAUCUAAGACCACGUGCCACCUGCCUUGUUUUCUUGCCAGGGUCGCAUGUGGGACUCUGCAGUGGCCCCUGUGAGAUGGCAGAGCAACGGUUCUGUGUGGACUAUGCCAAGCGUGGCACAGCCGGCUGCAAAAAAUGCAAGGAAAAGAUUGUAAAGGGCGUGUGCCGAAUCGGCAAGGUGGUGCCCAAUCCCUUUUCAGAGUCAGGGGGCGAUAUGAAAGAGUGGUACCACAUUAAAUGCAUGUUUGAGAAACUGGAGCGGGCCCGGGCCACCACAAAAAAAAUUGAGGACCUCACAGAGCUGGAAGGUUGGGAAGAGCUGGAAGAUAAUGAGAAAGAACAGAUAAGCCAGCACAUUGCAGAUCUGUCUUCCAAGGCAGGAAACACACCAAAGAAGAAAGCUGUUGUCCAGGCUAAGUUGACAGCCACGGGCCAGGUGACAUCUCCAGUGAAAGGUGCCUCAUUUGUCACCAAUACCAAUCCCCGGAAAUUUUCUGGCUUUUCAGCGAAGCCCAACAACUCUGGGGAAGCCCACUCAAGCCCUACCCCUAAGACAAGUCUGUCCUCAAGCAAAUGUGACCCUAAGCACAAGGAUUGUCUGCUACGCGAGUUUCGGAAGUUGUGUGCCAUGGUGGCUGAAAAUCCUAGCUACAACACAAAGACCCAGAUCAUCCAGGACUUCCUUCAGAAAGGCUCAGCAGGAGAUGGUUUCCACGGUGACGUGUACCUAACAGUGAAGCUGCUGCUGCCGGGUGUUAUUAAGAGUGUUUACAACUUGAAUGAUAAGCAGAUUGUGAAGCUUUUCAGCCGCAUUUUUAACUGCAACUCAGAUGAUAUGGCACGAGACCUAGAGCAGGGUGACGUGUCAGAGACAAUCAGAGUCUUCUUUGAGCAGAGCAAGUCCUUCCCCCCAGCAGCCAAGAGCCUUCUUACCAUCCAGGAGGUGGAUGAAUUCCUCCUGCAUCUCUCCAAGCUCACCAAGGAGGACGAGCAGCAGCAGGCCCUGCGGGACAUCGCCUCCAGGUGUACAGCCAAUGACCUGAAGUGCAUCAUCAGGUUGAUCAAACAUGAUCUGAAGAUGAACUCGGGUGCAAAACAUGUGUUAGAUGCCCUAGACCCCAAUGCCUAUGAAGCCUUCAAAGCCUCGCGCAACCUGCACGAUGUGGUGGAGCGGGUCCUCCGCAACGAGCAGGAGGUGAAGAAGGAGCCAGGCCGGAAACGAGCUCUGAGUGUCCAGGCCUCACUGAUGACCCCGGUGCAGCCCAUGCUGGCCGAGGCCUGCAAGUCCAUCGAGUACGCAAUGAAGAAAUGUCCGAAUGGUAUGUUCUCUGAGAUCAAGUAUGAUGGGGAGCGGGUCCAGGUGCAUAAGAACGGGGACCACUUCAGCUACUUCAGCCGCAGUCUCAAGCCAGUCCUGCCGCACAAGGUGGCCCACUUUAAGGACUACAUCCCCCAGGCUUUCCCGGGGGGCCACAGCAUGAUCUUGGACUCUGAGGUGCUCCUGAUCGACAGCAAGAAAGGCAAACCACUGCCCUUUGGGACUCUGGGAGUGCACAAGAAAGCUGCCUUCCAGGAUGCUAAUGUCUGCCUGUUUGUUUUUGAUUGUAUCUACUUCAAUGAUGUCAGCUUGAUGGAUAGGCCUCUGUUUGAGCGGCGGAAGUUUCUUCACGAUAACAUGGUUGAAAUUCCCAACCGGAUCAUGUUCUCAGAAAUGAAGCAAGUCGCAAAAGCUUCCGACUUGGCUGACAUGAUCAACCGGGUGAUACAAGAGGGGUUGGAAGGGCUGGUGCUGAAGGACGUGAAGGGCACAUAUGAGCCUGGAAAGCGUCAUUGGCUGAAAGUGAAGAAGGACUAUUUGAAUGAGGGGGCCAUGGCUGACACAGCUGACCUGGUGGUGCUUGGGGCCUUCUACGGGCAAGGGAGCAAAGGUGGCAUGAUGUCCAUCUUCCUCAUGGGCUGCUAUGACCCGAGCAGCCAGAAGUGGUGCACAGUCACCAAGUGUGCAGGAGGCCACGACGACGCGACGCUCGCCCGCCUACAGAAGGAACUGGACAUGGUGAAGAUCAGCAAGGAUCCCAGCAAGAUACCCAGCUGGCUGAAAAUCAAUAAGAUCUACUAUCCUGACUUCAUCGUUCCAGACCCAAAGAAAGCUGCCGUGUGGGAGAUCACAGGGGCUGAAUUCUCGAAAUCUGAGGCUCACACAGCUGAUGGGAUCUCCAUCCGUUUCCCUCGCUGCACCCGAAUCCGUGAUGAUAAGGACUGGAAGUCUGCCACUAACCUCCCCCAACUCAAGGAACUGUACCAGCUCUCCAAGGAGCGGGCGGCUUUCACCAUAGUGGCCGGAGAUGAGGGGAGCUCCACUACAGGGGGCAGCAGCGGAGAGAACGAGGGCACCUCGGGGCCAGCUGUGUCUCACGAGGCCCUGAGAACCUCCCCCAAGCACCCCUCCACCAGUGCCAAGAAGGCAGGAGGGAAGCUGAGUAACUCCAACAGCAAAGGCGGCAACAAGCUGGCUGCAAAGCCUUCCCCUGUGAAAGUGGGAGAGAAGCGGAAGGCUCCUGAUGAGACCCCAUGCCAAGCAAAGGUGCUGCUGGACAUCUUCACCGGGGUGCGGCUCUACCUGCCGCCCUCCACGCCAGACUUCAGCCGUCUCCGACGUUACUUUGUGGCAUUCGAUGGGGACCUGGCGCAGGAAUUUGACGUGGCCUCAGCCACGCAUGUGCUGGGUAGCAGGGACAGGAACCCUGCGGCCCAGCAGGUCUCCCCAGAGUGGAUCUGGGCCUGUAUCCGGAAACGGAGACUGGUAGCUCCCUGCUAGGAGUGCUGCCUGCCCUCGCCCUCUGGCUGUGCUCUCCCCACUGCACUACUCCUGGACAGGGCAGGCAGGCACGGGACAGAACGCCGGGGGAACGGGCUUUCUCCUCCAAGCUGCGCAUCUUCCGGAACCCACCAACCACGCGUGGUCUCUUCCAGACUGGAGUUAAGUUGCUGUGGGUACCACCAGUGAAAUCAGUUUCUCCUGCCGGUUUACAUAGGUCUUUCAGAUCGGGGUGCUGGUUUUGACCUUUUUUUUCUUCUUUAAAAAGAAGCUUUUUAAAAAACCAAAACAAAAAAGCCAGGAACUAUCUUGGAGUUAUUUAUGUCCUUCCCCUAGUGAUUAAGCAGUGAAGGGAAGGCUGGCUGUUGAAGCGCUUGUCCACAGAGCCCAUCCUGGCGGCAGUCUUUUCUCCCUUACCUGCCCCUUCUACUUCCAGGCUCAUUUUAAAGUUGUAUUUAAAAGAAAGACUGUCCCCAGAAAUGCUUACAUUUGGCAAAACUUGUAUUCAGCCUGGCCGCCAGGAAUGAAGUCUCACUUGAAACAAAAUGGGUUUUAUGUCUU